CACAUGGCCAAUAUCUAAAACCCAACAGCUUUUAUGGAGCCAACCGAAAAUGGUUAUAGGAACUGCAGUCUCUAGCAUAUCCCUCCUCAGGAUCCUGCAAGGGGUGGCUGUAGCGACGAAAUCACCUGAAAACAUCCCGCGUCGAAUUAUACAAAGUGUCUGUACGGGCGCCGCCAAUAAUCCUGAAGAUGGUGUUGCCCUGUCCUUCAGUGACUGGCGUACCGCUAUAGAAACGAAAAUUCCCGGUGAAGAUACUCGACAGGUUGCUAACAUAGGGCUCUCUAUUGCGUAUCUCCGUGAGCUCUAUACAGGCAAAGAAGGCGAUGCUCGCAAGGCCGUAAGCGAGGCUGACCUUGUUCUCAUCUGGGGACUAAUCCAUAGCGCUCUCACCAGUAAGUUGCUCACGAGACAACUCUGCACUGCUUCUCGAAGCGCGCAAGGAUUUAUCUCUGUGGCCCUCUGUAGCUUGAUCAAGAACGGGAACAUAGACGAGCUAUUCCGGCUUCAUGUGUGGUUACCGGAUGGGUACAGAGGAAAUCAUGAAGUUUCCAUCCAUUCUCAUCAAGCAUUUGCCCAGAGUUGGAUCUUGGCUGGCGAAGGGAUAGACCACUCAUACCAGGUCGAGCACGUUAACGAUCUAGAAACUGCCACUCACUCGGAAUAUGCCCUGGCAUGGAGUGAUGGUAAGAAUCUGGGAACCAACUACAAAACAAACCAGACAUUCUCGACCAUCACUAAUACCAAGAAGUUAGUUCGUGUUGUUCCUCUGAAGACAGAUCUUCAUCGUCGAGGAGUAAGCUACACGAUUCCUGCAGCCCAGUACCACAGUACUGAGGUCGCGCCUGGUCGGUUCCAUGCUACCCUUUUUGUUUUCGACUCACAGCGAGGAUUUGUCCAAGAUGCCGGUGUUCUCGGUCCCAAGGACGGCGAUUCCUUCACGCAGCUUCGCGAUGCUGCCGGUGUGACACCAGAGGCCUUGGCGUUGACUGUCGAUGCCGUGAGGUCUUGGGAAAUAUUCAUGCAUCAGGGGGAAAAGCACAUUCACAACGCUGAGUGGGAACAUGCGCUGCGAGCUUUCAGCAAAGCCCUCAGCCUGUGCGAUAACGACGACAGUUUCCCUAACAAGGCUUAUCACACGCGCGAGGUUCUAUACAAAAUUGGGCGUGUCAACCGGUGUCUCGGUAGAUACGAAAUUGCUAGGGACACUCUGGAGAAGGUCAUAACCGACAUGGAAGUGAACGUGCUGCGUGUAGACUGCGUUGGCGAGCUGGGAGUCGUCUAUCGACAUCUGAACAACCUCACAGAUGCGAUGCGCAUGUUCGAGAUACAGUACCAUACAGCGAGACAACUAGGUCUUGAAGCUGAAGCCUGCCGCGCCGUUGGAAAUCUCGGCAUGGUAAACUAUCAGAUAUCUCGGCGAGACCACGACGACAAGAUUCUUGACCUGGCAAUUGUGCAGCUUCAAGAGCGCGUACAGCUCGCCCGAAACAUCCAGCAGUCAUUAUCCGCAAAAGGCAAGUCUAAAGAAUCUAGCGCUAUGAAAAAUGGCAUAAAUUGGGAGAUCAUUGGUUUAUCUCGUCUCUCGCUUUGUCUCUCAGCUCGGAAUAACCUGAAGGGGGCGGUGGAAACAGCUCAGCAAGCCUUAGCCCUCGUGACGGGGUUUGGUGAUCCAACUGUCGUUGCUUUAACUCGGUUCUUCUAUGGACAUGCGCUGCGACUCAGCGGGCGUCUUAAAGAGGCUAUGGAACAGUUCAAUACGUGCACCGGAUGCACACCCGCCAUCGCGCUCUGCAAGGAGCCUUCGGAAGAACACUUGGGGUACUUGAAAGAAUUAGUAGAUGCCGGCGUGGACUUGGAAAUCGUAGACGAGCAAGGAUACACGGCACUGGAUUAUGCCGUGUUCUGCGGAAAUAACGAGUUCAAGAAGGUCGUGAUCAACGGUCUCCAGCGAGGAGCCAGCGAAUACGAAAUCGAAGCGUGGCUCAUGGGAGCGAGGCUCCGCAGGAGCUAUCGCAAGCUCUUCCAAGAAGUCCUCCGCCCGAUCCUUAUCAAGCGCCGCCAUCACGACGACUGCAUGCACAGGCUGCGCAGCGCAUACGCCGAGUCGCUCCGCGCCGACGACGACGCGAAAGCCAUGUUCUCCGGGUUCUCCUUCGUGCCGUACUCGGCCUUCCGCUCCCUAGGCAGACUGCCGAAACACACCGACGGGCUGGUCAAGGAGUUCACCGGCGAGUCUGGAUCCGAGGGGUAUAAGAACCCCGACUUCGUCAUCUUCUUCUCGUAUAGGUGGAGGGGGGCCUCGUCGCCGGACGACGAGGCUAAUACGCAGUAUAGGCGGAUGCUGGCUGCUACCGAGGAGUUUUUGAAGCUGCGUACUUCGGUCGAUAGGGCAAGGAUGGGGAUUUGGCUGGACUGCGCUUGUAUAAACCAGAGCAACCCUAUGCCGGGCGUCCACGCCUUGCCCAUGAUCCUCACCCAGUGCGAUGCUGUAAUCAGCAUAGCGGACGAGUUCUACUACGACAGAGCGUGGUGCUCGGUGGAGAUCCUUCUGAUCCAAACGCUGAAGAAGUCGUAUGGGCUGCAUUUGUGGUACGAGCAGGUGUAUGCGGAUUCGGAAGAGAAGCGGUUGAUUCUGAGAGACGGGCCUGUUGGUCUGGAGAUCUCCGUUGCGGUGAAGAACUUGAGCUUCGAGGAGAUAGAUAGGCCGAAGGUGAUGUUCUUGGAGAGGCAGAGCAAAUUGCUCGGAUGAAUGGCGGAUUGCGAGAGAACGAACUGUUUGGUUGGGUUAUAGGGGAGCGGAAAGGGGCAGGGCAUAG